CGAAGAGGACAGGACAGCUAUGAGGCUGCGCGGGGCGAUUUGAAUUUUUCGGUGCUUUCGACUGUGAUGAUGGCGGACGCGAUCGCCUCCGCUGCUGCGUUGGGUGCGCUCCCGGCAGAGACAGCCAUGGAGCUCCACGCGCGCGCUCAAAUGUUUGAAGCUCACAUCCAGAACUACAGCGGAGAUGAUCCACUUGAUCCUUGGAACAGGUACUUUCAGUGGGUAGAAGGGAUUUCAGAAGCUGAAAGAAGACAGCACUACCUAGCACACUUGCUGGAGCGGCUCGUGAAAAUGUUUUUGGGUGACAAGAGGUACCAGCAUGACUCAAGAUUCAUCAACUGCUGCGUGACAUUUGCCAACUUCAUUGAUAACCCGAGUCAGUUCUUUGACUACAUGUACAGCCAAGAAAUUGGCACCCAGUCAUCUGUCCUGUAUGUUGCUUGGGCUCAGCAUCUUGUCAUACAAGGAAACAUCCCUCAUGCAAAUGCUGUUGUUCAGAAAGGUAUUCACAAUGGGGCACAGCCUGUUGACAAACUACAUCAGCAAUACAGAUUGUUACAAAGUUCCUUAUGUCAUAGUCAAACUUCAAAUCAAGCCAGGGCCUUGCAGCCGCAUAAUUCCCAGCUGUCCAAUCAGGUGGUCUCCAAAAAUGACACAGCCUGUGCUCAUCAAAAUCAGAAUCCAACAAAUUCUGAACCACAGCCCAUGAUAUGUGGAGGAAUGGAAAAUAUGCCACCUUCUAAAUAUCUAACAACCAUUUCCAAGUCGGAAGUCUUGCCAAAACCUUCUUCCAGCACUCCCCUUGAGCAGAAGGCUAUGUAUGACAAGAAUCUUCUUUAUUGUGAAGGCUCUGAAUUGUGCUUUGAAGAAGUCCGAGCCAGAAUGCAUUUGAAAAAGGCAGAACGCCUGAAAAGGAACAAAGAAUGGGUGGAGGAAGACAGAGAAUUUAUGAAGAAUAAAGAAAAUAAUAUUCUUGAGCUGCAGAAAUUACAGCAGAAACUUGAUCAGCUUUCCCAGGCCCCAUUUUCAUCAUCUCAGAAAACUACGCUAGAGACCUCUGCUCACCAACCCCUGCUGAGCACCACAGUGGGUCAACCAGAUGUGAAGUUCAGUGCACCUCAGUGUUGGUCAGAAUGGGCAGCACCUUCCCCAGCUGGACAGCUACAGACUUCUCUGAAUUUGGGGCAAGAGUAUUGGCAGUCAGUGGGAGGUGCUUCAGCCCCACUGCCUCUUGACCAUCACCAACAACCAUUGGGGUCAGUUUCUUUGCCGACCGCCAUAAAUGAAAAGGAUGGAUCCCAAAUGAAAUUUGAGCUUGGCACAUGUGAAAAUAGUCUGCAAAGGCUUCACAUCAGCGGUGAAGAUUCUGUCCAGCCACCUCAGAAACGGGCGACCAUCUCUUACGGUUACCACGAUGGAGAGCAGCACUUGGACCUGUCUCAUCAGAAACUGCAGCAUUCCACAGAAAAGAAAGACGCAUCAGGCAGUCGAAAUUCUUCCAUUGUCUUUGAUCAUCGUCAGGCUACACCGAACACAUCAGCACUGAUGCGAGGAACUCCUAUGGUACAGCCAUCCCCUACAGUCCACACAAGAGAGGCUUUGGGUUUCAUAAUGGAUGCAUUCCAGGUACCGUCAUUCAGAGAUACUACCAUGCUUUCAGAAGAAGAUGAUGAUGAACUUGAAGCCUACUGUAGAAAUCAAGGGCCAAGUGAGGCUGCCAGCAUGAAGCCCACUGUUUCUGCUGAGGCACCUCCUUUUACAAUCUUUGAAGACGAGAAUGAUGGGGUUCCCCAGCCACGUCCAAAGUCAACAGAAGUCAAAGUUUUCAGAGAGCGUCCCACAGUAGCCUGUGCUACCAAGUCAGAAGAAGAAAACCAGCCAGUCGAGUGCCUGACAGGGGACUGCACCGUGUGGGCUAAUCACUGCAACAAAACUCUGGCUCCGAGUCCGAAUAGCACCAGAGAUUUUGCCACUGCUGCCCGGCUCGCUUCAACGCCCUUCAGCUCCACUUUGGGGCACACCUGCACAGUGACUCAAGCAAUUGAGAAUCCUUGGGACAACGACUUAAUCCACCAGCUUCUGUCGGGGCUGCCUAAACAGAUCAGUGCCUCCUCCAGUGUUUUUGAAUGGGAAUCGAGCCUUCCAGCUUUCAAACUGAAGACUGAACUCAAAUUGGCAUCCACGUCCUUCCACAUCGACUGCUCACUUGGCAAAGGAGCCUUUGGGAAUAUAUAUCAAGCUUCUGUCCUUGACGCGGACAACACGAAAAAUAAUCGGAAAGUAAUGCUGAAAGUUCAGAAGCCUGCACACCUUUGGGAAUUCUAUAUCAAUGUUCAGCUGAAUGAAAGGCUUAAUCCAAGCGUGCGGCAUCUGUUCAUCCACCUCUUUUCUGCUCACGUCUUCAGAAAUGGAAGCAUUUUAGUGGGGGAGCUUUAUGGUUAUGGAACUUUGCUGGACACCAUAAACACAUACAAAAUGCUGACUGAGAAGGUGAUGCCCCAAGCGCUGGUUAUCUACUUCACCAUACACAUUCUCCACAUGGUAGAAGAGCUUCACAAGUGUGGGAUAAUUCAUGGUGAUGUUAAACCCGACAACAUGGUUUUUGGCGAAAGGUUUUUGGACAACGAUGCCUGUGAUGUAGACGAUGUGUCUCAUGGCUUAGCAAUCAUUGACUUUGGCCAAAGCAUAGACAUGACCCUAUUUCCCAAAGGAACUGUAUUCACAGGAAAGUGUGAAACAUCUGGAUUUCAGUGUCCUGAAAUGAAGGCACAGAAACCAUGGACUUACCAGACUGACUAUUUUGGAAUUGCUGCAACCGUGUACUGCAUGCUGUUUGGCACGUACAUGAAAGUGCGAAAUGAGCAAGGGAUCUGGAAGCCUGAUGGUGUCUUCAGGAGGGUCCCUAAUGCAGAAGUCUGGACUGAUUUCUUUUACACCUUGCUCAAUAUACAAGACUGCAACCACCUGCCUUCAUUGGGAGCCUUACGAACAAAACUGAGAGACUUUUUUCUGAGUUCGUAUGCUAACAAAGUAAAAGCUCUUCGUAACAGGCUUGCAGUAUUGCUGGUGGAAAAUAAACGGUCACGCAAGUAAAACCUCAACAACUUGGCAAAGAAGUCUUCGGCAGAAAGUGCGGCUUAAAUGGACGAGCUUCUAUACGCUGGUGCAGAACAGGCUUUUCUGCUUGAGCGAUACAAUGACGAAAUCUUGAUUGUUCUUACACAAAUAAAACCUGCCAGCACUGUGAAAGUGUGCUACAUGAACAAAUGUUUACCAGCUUUUUAGCAGAGACUGUGUAUAGACCUGCAACAAAAUGUUGCAGUAUAGCUUGGUGUGCAUAUGUUACUUGAGCCUGUGGUGGUGGUGGGAAAUACAAAAGUCAGCUGGAAUUCCAGCUCUAAUAAGGGUCUUACUUCAUGUGCAUAUUUUACUUUUGGGGGGGGAAGGAAUACUGAUGCUGCUCAGUCCUGGCUCUGUUUUAAUCCAGCCGCCCCGAGCAGUACUGUACUGGAGGGGCAGAGUAGAAAUGUGUUAAAUAAAAAGACCGGCCCUAAAGUUGCAAGAGUUAAUAGCU